UUAUUUCCUUUCCCUGAGUGCACAGUCUUCCACUGUUCAGCACGCGGAAACUCAAACGGCAGCAAACUGAAAAUCCGCCCCGAGGCCUGGACGGACGGCGGAGAGCCGGGCAACCAACCGAAGCCCGGCACCUCCCAGCGGGCCGGGCGCCCACACCCGCGCCUCCUCCCGCCCAGGGCGGCAGGACCAGCCCCGAGAGGCCGCCCCGACAGCCGGGCCAGCCCCGCUCCGCCCAUCGCGCUGUGACGACAGCGGCCCGCGCCCGGUGGCGGGAGUUGGCGCGAAGGUUGCGGGGAGCGGGGUGGGCGGAAGCUAUGGAGCCGGAGGCGUCCCGCUAGCGAGAUCACCGCCGGCAGCAGCAUGGAUAUCCGGAAAUUCUUUGGCGUUGUAGCUCCUGGAAAGCGGCAGGAAUGCGAGGCUGUGAAAAAGAGUGAGAAAAUAAAAAAUGGGGAAGGAGAAUCGAGUGGGAAGAAAAGAGGAAAGGAAACAAAGGUGAAGAGUCCACCCAGUGAAGAUGUUCCCAAACAAAAGCAGGCGUACAAGAAAAAAAGAAUAAUCUAUGAUUCAGAUUCAGAAGAGGAGGUGCAGUCUGUGAAAAAAGCCAAGAAGCCAUCAGAGAAGAAAGCAGCUACUCCCAAACUUGGUAAAGUUCUAAAGCAGCAUCCUGUUGUUUAUGUUUCAGAGACAGAUGAAGACGAUGACUUUGUCAAUAAGAGAAUUUCCCUGAAACCGAAGGAGAAUGGGACAUCAGCAAUCAGUUGUCCAGGAACAGCUACAGCGAAAAAGGGAGAUGUGAAGCCGCAGUCUAAAACCAAACCAUUAUCUCCAGUGAAACUGACUCCCACCUCAGCUCUUGAUUACUUUGGGACAAGAAGCGUCCAGCGAUCAGAUAAGAAACUGGUCGCAAGUAAAAGGAAGGAACCUUCACAAAGCAGAGACAGCACGCUAGAUGAUGAGGCCAUUGCUAGGCAACUGCAGCUUGAAGAAGAUUCAGAGCUGGAGAGACAACUGCACGAAGAUGAAGAAUUUGCUAGAACUUUGGCAAUGUUGGAUGAAACACCACAGAAGAAAAAGGCUCGGAGAGAUUCAGAGGAGCAAACGGUGUUGAGCAUCAAGAGCAGUCCUAAUGUGACAGAAAGAUGCAAGCAAUCCCAAAGAGCGAAAGCAACAAACUUGCCCGGUGAAGUAAAAGAACAAAGUAAAUCUGAAAAUUCAAAAGAGCCUAAUUUACAUCCACAAUCAUCUGAUGGUAAAAUAGCAAGAGUGCUGACGGAGAAAACCUUGUCUUUGAAACCUACCUCAAAGCUUGUGGCUCUAAAACAGAAGGAAGAGACUACUAAAAAGGAAAGAGGCGCUCAAAGUUUACCAUCAAAAGAAAAAAAUGCUACAGGGAAAGAAGAGAAAAGAACACCAAAGAAAGAGAAAAUUUCUCCCAAGAAGGCUGAGUCUAUAAGUCCUGAGGACUCUGAAAAGAGGCGAAACAACUAUCAAGCCUACCGAAGCUUCCUUAAUCGCGAGGGUCCGAAAGCUCUGGGUUCCAAAGAGAUACCUCAAGGAGCUGAAAACUGCUUGGAAGGCCUGACAUUCGUAAUCACAGGAGUUCUGGAGUCCAUUGAAAGAGAUGAGGCCAAGUCUCUGAUUGAACGUUAUGGAGGAAAAGUGACUGGCAAUGUCAGCAAGAAGACAAACUAUCUGGUUAUGGGACGAGACUGCGGACAGGCUAAAUGUGAAAAGGCAUCAACUUUAGGGACAAAAAUUAUUGAUGAGGAUGGCCUAUUUGAUCUUGUUCGAACUAUGCCGGGCAAGAAGUCCAAGUACGAGCUGGCAGCUGAAACAGAGGCAAAGAAAGCAGAGCCAAGACAUAAAAAGACACCACAGAAAACUGAAUCUGGGAAAAGGAAUUUUAGUCCCCUCAAAAGGGAAGCUGAUAGGAAGAAAAGUAAUCUUACACCUGAAAAGGGUGGUACCUUCAAAUCUGUCAAGAAAGAAGCUGCUGCCGUUCGAAAGCUUACAGACUUUGAACAUCAAACUGUGGAGAAGAAAGAAACCCCCAAACCUAAGGGGAACCUGGUUUCUGAGAGCAGUGAGCAUAGAAUGGAGACAUUACUAUGGGUAGAUAAAUACAAGCCUAUGUCUCUUAAGGCAAUAAUUGGACAGCAGGGUGAGCAAAGCUGUGCCAAUAAACUCCUCCGAUGGCUCCGAAGCUGGCACAAGAAUACCUCGGAAGAUGGACAAGCAAAGACCAACAAAUCUGGAGGCAAAGAUGAUGGUACCAGUUUUAAAGCAGCAUUACUUUCUGGUCCACCUGGAGUUGGUAAAACUACCACAGCUUCUUUAGUUUGUAAGGAACUGGGGUACAGCUACGUGGAGCUGAAUGCCAGUGACACUCGAAGCAAGAACAGUCUAAAGGAAGUAGUUGCUGAAUCGCUGAACAACACCAGCAUCAAAGACUUCUGUUCUGGCACAUCCUCAUCAGUUAGCGGGAAACAUGUAUUGAUCAUGGAUGAAGUGGAUGGUAUGGCAGGCAAUGAAGACAGAGGAGGGAUUCAGGAACUGAUCGGUUUGAUUAGACACACAAAGAUACCUAUCAUCUGUAUGUGUAACGAUCGGAACCAUCCUAAAAUUCGUUCCUUGGUCCACUAUUGUUUUGAUCUUCGUUUUCAGAGACCGCGUCUAGAACAGAUUAAGGGCGCCAUGAUGUCAAUUGCAUUUAAAGAAGGUUUAAAAAUUCCACCACCUGCUAUGAAUGAGAUAAUCCUGGCAGCAAAUCAAGACAUCAGACAGGUUUUGCAUAACCUCAAUAUGUGGUGUGCAAAAGAUAAAUCACUGACUUACGAUGAGGCCAAAACAGAUGCCAGCAGAGCCAAAAAGGAUAUCAAACUGGGCCCUUUUGAUGUUGUCCGGAAGGUUUUUGCUGCUGGAGAGGAGGCUUCUCGAAUGUCUCUUAUAGACAAAUCAGAUCUCUUCUUCCAUGACUAUUCCCUAGCACCUCUCUUUGUCCAAGAGAACUAUGUGCAUGUGAAGCCUGCUGCUGCUGGAGGAGAUCUGAAGAAGCACUUGAUGCUCUUGAGUAGAGCUGCUGAUAGUAUAUGUGAUGGCGAUCUAGUGGACAAACAGAUUCGUAGCAAGCAAAACUGGAACCUUCUACCAACACAGGCUAUUUAUUCGAGUGUUCUUCCUGGGGAGCUGAUGAGAGGCUACAUGUCCCAGUUUCCUGUCUUUCCCAGCUGGCUGGGGAAAUUUUCAUCCACGGGCAAACAUGAACGUAUCGUCCAAGAACUGGCACUGCACAUGAGUCUCAGAACCCAAGCGUGCAAGAGGACAGUAAAUGUGGAAUAUUUGACUUAUCUGCGCGAUGCACUUGUCCAGCCACUGAAAGACUUGGGAGCAGAUGGUGUACAAGAUGCUAUAGCGUUCAUGGACUCUUACUGCCUGAUGAAAGAAGACAUUGAUAACAUAAUGGAAAUAAGCAUGUGGGGAGGUAAACCCAGUCCUUUUUCAAAGCUGGAUCCCAAGGUCAAAGCAGCUUUUACACGUGCCUACAACAAAGAGGUGCAUCUGACUCCGUAUUCCCUUCAUUCUGUGAAGACGUCUAGAAGGCAGUCAGGAUCCAUGGGGACCUCUGAACAGAGUGAAGAACUGAACGUGGAAGAGAGCCAGUCUGAUGAGGACGAGCAAGAUACUGUUGAAAGUGAUGCAAUGAUCAAGCAAAAAAAGGUGAAGUCUUCCAAGCUGCCAAAAAGAGAGAAAAAUGAAGAAACAACAAAAAAGGAAGGUAAAAGAAAAGAGAAAACAAGACAUUAAACAGAAUAAUCUUGCUCGGGCUGUAGCUUUGUUUAUCUAACUUCUGUCAGGAACAUGACACAGAUCUGGUGAUUGAGAACCAGUGCGUUGAAAUGCUCCUCUUAUAGAGGUGAUGUAGCUCCCGUACUCACACUGGGCAGUGCAGUACUUAGCUAACGUGCUGUUACAAGCCAUAACUAUUCUUGUAGAACAAGCACCAGGGUGCAUGAACAUGAUGCAAAUGUGAUGUGUAGUUACCUGGUGUUUAUGCAAAUCUCCACAGGACUGUUUUUUAAUAAAUCCUGUUAUUAUGUGCUGAAAUCUUGUAAAUAGUAAAUCUAAUCUGCAUAUUUGUACAUUAUAGCAAUUAAGCAGUGUAUAGAAUUACAAUAAAAUGUGUUUGGCAUGAGGUUUUUUAUUUUUGCUUAAGCUCACAGCGUGUUCUCCUGCAGCUAUCAGGCCCUGUUCUUUUUUUAUUUAAUUGACCCAGAGCCACUGGAAAAGCAAAGCGGAGAGGGAUUGAGUUCCAGAAUUUGAAGUGUUUAAGUUUUAUAGCUGCAAUCAAAGCCAGAACAGAAUACCUAAAAAAUAAAUUAAGAACUGUUUAACAGAAACUAAAGUGUUGAAAGCUGAGAACUGACGUUGAAUACGAGAAUACAAGGGCUUCUGCCACUCACAGCCUGGUUGGGACAAGCGAAGCAAAAGCACUACCCUAUGUAUACCCUAUGUACACCCUACGCACACCCUGCGUACCCUGUGUAUACUUGAGGGCAAGUACAUGCUAAAGCUGCACCUCAGCUACCUGAGGGAUAAAGAUGCAGCCUUGAAAGUUAAGUUAAAACUCUUGACCACUGAGCUUUCUGUGCUGGGAAGCACUGCCACUGCCUUCUAUAAUGAGCCCUGCCAUACAAUUAAAACAACAGAAAACCCACAACCCCAGCAACUAAAAAUACAAAGCCCCACAAAAACAGGCUCUAGUACGUACCUGAACUUAGCGGUCCAUGUCUUCUUGUUUGAGGUACUGUGUGCAAUCAUUUAUUUUCUUAAGAUGAACGAUGUUAAUUCUUUCAGAGCACAUUGGACAUAUAUUUUCAGUCUGUAACAUGCUGUGUUGAAAGAAGAGGGGCAACAGGUCAAAGUGUUAGAACCAUCCUCUCAAACAAACAGUUGGGCCUCAGAGUAAGUGCUGUAACAUACACAAUGUCAGAAAUACAGAUGCUUCGGGGUAGGUGGAGAAAAAGUGAGUUUUGUUUUUUAAAAUUUUUUUUAAACAUUGAGAGCUAGCUCCAACAGGAACGCUUCUGCUGUUGGAGUGAGCAGGAGGAAAAUGCGGCAGACCAUGACCAAAGCAGCUGGCACUAGAACACAAGGAGUUUGUAAGUGAUGACUGCUUUAUUAGUCUGCACCCACUGCUAUGUGAAUAUUCCUAUUCUCGUGGCUGCUGUCGGGCUGGUUCACUUGAAAGUGAUGCUCUAAGACUACGUUAGAUGAAAUGAACACUGGAAUCCUUCAACAGGAAAAAAAAGUCCCAACUUACUUCUUGAAUUCUGAAUAGAGGGCAGGAAAGUCACAGUGCGGGCAGACGGUCCAGUCAUCCCGCACCAUGUGGCGACCCUGCACACAAGAGAAAGCAGUCACUCAAGGGCAGGUACCCUGCUACCCCUGGCAGUUUGUUAGGCUUCCGUCUCUUACUGUGGAAAAACUCUCAGCAGUUGAGUUCUAAAGAUGUUAAGGAAUGAAAAAAAACCACAUCAUUACAGCGUUACUUUGCUUACUGUGUACAUUCUGUGACCAGAAACAAGGUUUUCAUUGUGAUGUGUAUUUAUUUUUUUAUAAAUUUAAGAAUGAAAUUAUCACUUCAACAUUAUUUUAGUUUGGCAAUUCUGUACUGCCCCUGUAGACAGAAGUUUGGAAAGAGUUGACUGUAAAUUUACUGAGAUUUUUGGUGAUGCGUAAGGUUCAAAAAAUGCCAGCAAAGCCACAUGAGCUGAGCCCAGGAGGAUGCAUGUGACUCUCUCAGUCUGUGAACACAGGGGGAAAGCUGAAACAGAGCUGCUUUUUUUUUUUUUUUUUAAUUCUGGUUUCCCAUUUGAUUUUGAUGCAGAAAAUUCUUAUCUACCAUGGUCAACAUUAUAAAGCACAACAGUGCCUUGAACUGUAUUUAACAAUUUAUGCUCUACUACAUUAUGCAGCAGGGGAGUGUUCUGACGCUUUCAAAAGGAAUGAGAAAAAUGCUGCAGUCCUGGUGAUGUUACUGUGAUGUAAAGGAACCAUAACCAAGAGACAGCUUCAAUAUGUGAAACAGAAACGAAUAUACAUGUACACAGACCUUAGUAUUCUGCUAAGCCAAUGGAGUGAAAAAAACAGUUUAAAAAGCUAUUAAUAUCUUUUGUAAGACUGAUUCUUUACUUUUAAUAUUAAAAGAAUGUUAACUCUAUUAUUUGA